UGGCAACACUGUUCAGUUCAGUGGAAUUGUUUGUUCGGCUUCUGUCGGGCGUCAAUCUUUAAUUUUGUUUUAAUUUUAGAAUUAAUUAAAUCGUUGCUAUUGCAGACAGUGUGAAUGAAUUGCAAAAUGAUCUAAGAACUAUGUGAUGUGUUUGUUAUCGUAACAUUGCAUGUAUUGUUUAUAAAAAGCUGUUAUUUCCGCCAUGACAAUGGACCACUCCACUGGGAAGUGUUCGGCGACAUUUGGUCUAUAUUUUGCGUUUAUUGCGUUGUGUUAUCCAGUUUUCGCUCAAGACAGUUUGGAAAUAGAAGUAACAGCAAAGGGCGAGAUUGGUAACACUGCAAGUAUUAAUUGCACUGUCUCCCCAGAACCAGAGGAUAUCAAAUGGAUCUUCCAAAAAGAAACAAUAAUAAUUGACACAAACAGAACGAAACUUACGAAAGUUGACGUCAAGCAAAAAGUCAAUGAUCCGGACGGCAACGUCAUGAUGAAGAAGGUCUUGCAGGUGUUGAUCAGCAAUGUCACUGACGCAGACUCCGGGAACUACACCUGCCGGGCUAAAAGAGGAGACAAGGUGGUGAACAAAACUGUGGCCUUAGAUUUGAGCUUCCCGGGACGUUUGGUAAACAAAACUUUGGGGCCCCUAAGGCUUAAUGUCUCAGUACCCGAAAAUAAACACGGCAAGCUAUUUUGCCUCUUCGAAGUUUAUAAGAAACCAGCAAAUAUAGCAUGGUAUAAGAAAGAGAUGAUACAGUUGGAACAGCAAGACACGAAAAAAGUUGAUCCGCAGCUACGAUCAGCCAUUCCCGUGGGACUUAAACAGAUUAACGGCACCUUCGACCUGCACGUAACUGCAGAGACGAACGGCACCUACGUCUGUGAGAUUAACGACGAAGUCACAGGCAAGAACAUACAAGGGGAAAUAGACGUGUUUGUCUAUGACAAACCCAAGAUCGUCAGCUUUAACGCCCUGGCCAUAAACACCACACAGAUUUACAUGAAUUGGACAGUGAACACGUACAAUUCACCGGUCGAAUCAUACUCUUUAUUUAUACGCGAAAGCCCAUCGGAGAACUACAAUCUUUACACCCUGGAGAAGAUAGCGCCGAGAAAUACCACUUCAUUUGUCAUCAACGGCUUAAAUAAAUCGACGGAGUAUCAAGUCAAGCUUGAGGUUAAGACGCAGGGUUGGUCAGAUACCGGGUUGUGGAUGGACCCAAAUACUGUGAAGACAUUGGAUAAGGAGCCAGUGUUUGUACCGAAGAUAUCCAUUAACGGUUUCUCCGCUACAUCCGUGACUAUCGGAUGGCCUCCCCCACCCGAAGAUAUAGCCGAUCUGAUACACUAUUAUCACCUGGAAGGUAGGAAGAAUGGUGAGAACAAAACUCGCGAGGCGUACCAUCCACGGGACGGAAAAAAUUUACCCUAUAUGUUUCCUGAAUUGGAUCCGCACAGCACUUAUGUGUUUCGGGUGCGCGCUUGCUCGGAAUACACCCGAGAACAAUGCGGACCGUGGUCGGAGAAGAUGGAGGCAGCUACCCUGGACGGUAUACCGGGGAAGCCUAGCAAUGUGCAUGUGAACUGCGACGAAGGUUUCAUGAACAUAACUUGGGAACCACCCGAGAAGCCCAACGCUGAGAUCAAGGGUUACACGAUGGAACUAACCGGCAAUGCAACAUACAAAGAUCGGUACGGCACACUGAAAGAAGACAUGUGGGGCCCCCUGUCUCGCUUUACCACCAACGACUCUAGGAGCGCCAGGUUCGAUUUGCAACCAAACAGCAAAUAUACGGUCCGUCUGAGCGCCAUGACUCGAACGAGGAGACGAGGCGAAGAAGAGACUCGAUACUGUGAAACUAGGCCUUUAUCACCCGACGCCCCUCCCCGCCCGAGAUGGAGAAAGAUUCUAGAGAACAAUAGGUACCUGUUCAAAAUGUAUCUGCCAAGAAUAACAGAGAGAAACGGACCCAUAUGCUGUUAUAGAGUGCAUAUGGUUCGUAUGUUGCCGAACAUGGAUUGGAAGAAUCUACCGCCGCCCAGAGACAUAGCCGUCAUAGACUACGGAGAAGCACAUGCGGUACAACCAACACCGGGCGGUUAUAUCACGGAUAUAUUCUCUAACGAUAAAUUCCCAUCCGACUCCGAGUUGAUAAUGGGCGAUCUCAAUUCCAUAUUCGACAAAGAGGACACCACUAUAUACAGCAAAGCUUGCCGGCGCUGUUUGAUCCGGCCGCGGAACAAUCCGCCCGAUUAUCCCAUCCCCAACAUACCUACCACUACGGAGGACGAUCUGUUUGAUGAUACUACUGCAGCUCCUGUGGAACCUGAGAGGGCAAGGAGAUCACCAGAGGAUUAUUCCAACAAUCCAAUGAUGAGAAACAACACGAACGAGGAGGACAAAUUGAAGGACAACGAGUUGAAUGUGAAGGACGGCCAACUCGACUCUUUAUCCAACUAUACACUCUUCGUCGAGUUGAUACCGGGUCAACCCCACUUGGAGCCGAUGUAUAGUGAGUAUGUGAUCCCGCUGAUGCCGGCGCCCAGUCCACCAGCCAUUGUUCCUUCCAGUGCGAUAGAGAUAGCAUUACAGGUAACAUGCGCAGUGGCAGCGGUAGUACUGUUAAUAAUGAUAGUGUUCUGCUUACUGCAAGCUCGACGGUCAAGAAAAGUGCCACCUCAUGCGCCCCUUGAGAUGAACCGUAUACAAGCUGUGUUCAGAUAUGUGGUUGGCCACAUCGGGGGCCGGCAGAUGGCAUUAUCCGCGACGCCACCCGACGUGCCGCCCAUUCCGCGAGACCAACUAGCUGCCGCCUACGCCGAGCGGCAGGCGGACUGCGACUACGGCUUCCAGAAGGAGUUCGAGUUGUUACAGAUGCUGCCCGAAUGCUUCCCGGAUAGAACCACUCACGCUUCUGAAGCGCGAGAGAACCAACCCAAAAAUCGGUACCCGGAUAUAAAGGCCUACGAUCAGACCCGGGUGAAGUUGUCCCAGAUCGACAGCAUCACCGGAUCUGAUUACAUCAACGCUAACUACGUUUCUGGAUAUAGGGACCGUAAACUGUUCAUAUGCGCGCAAGGCCCCACAGACACAACGGUGAACGACUUUUGGCGCAUGAUAUGGGAGCACGGGCUCGAGCUGAUCGUGAUGCUGACCAACCUGGAGGAGUACUCGAAGGUCAAGUGCAGCAAGUACUGGCCCGACGAGGUGCGAGGCUCCAGGGCUUUCGGAGCUAUCACUGUGCAUCAUGUGUCGGAGAAGAGAUACUCUGAUUAUAUAGUGAGAGAGUUGAAGAUCGUCAAACAGCCGACUAAUUCUGAAGGUCAACCAAUCGUAGAUAAUAACGGCGUCGCCAAGAGGAAUGGGGAUUGCAAAGACGCAUCCGAAUCCAGCGCCCCAACCUCUCCCAGGGAAGCCAAGGACACAUCAGAGACUCGCAUCGUGAGACAGUACCAUUUCCUCAUGUGGAAGGACUUUGCGGCACCAGAGCAUCCACAUUCCAUACUGAAAUUCAUUAAGCGCGUGAACGAAGCGUGGUCCAACGUCGUCGGUCCAGUAGUCGUCCAUUGCUCAGCCGGCGUCGGUCGAACCGGCACUUUGGUCGCGUUAGACUGCCUUCUAGAGCAACUGAAGGCCACCGGGCAAGCGGCAGUAUUCAAUACUGUGUGCGAACUGAGGCGGCAGAGGAACUUCCUCGUGCAGUCAUUGUUUAGUGGGGGGAGCCUGCGACAUCGGUUCGCUUACAAACGGUCUAUGAGGACCCUUUUAACUUCUUUCUGUGUUCUGUGGUUCCGGCACUUUGGUCUUAGACUGUCCUCUUUAACAACUGUUGGCCAAAAGGCAGGCGGCAGUAUUCAACACUGUGUGCGAGCUGAGGCAGCAGAGGAACUUCCUCGUACAGUCGCUAGUGAGCUGACCAAUAAAAAAGAAAUGUCAUUGCAGCAUUUAAAAAAUCCUAUACCAUCCAUAGGAAAUGCCUGUGCCCCAGUAAAACAGUACGUCUUCGUGUACCGAGCGUUAGUAGAAUACGCUCACUACGGAGACACGGAGAUCCCCGCGUCCCGCCUCAAAGCUUCCAUUGACCGACUCCGGAACACCCCCGAGGGGGGAGACAAGUGCCUCAUGGAGCACGAGUUUGAGGGUUCCCUGAAACCAUCCAUUAAUUAUAUAAUAAGAUUAUCGAUCCCACAGUGCCUAAAGACGAAAGUCAACGUGGACACUGACGGUACGGCUGGUCCACAAGUUCAAAGUCGCUCAGCGCGCUAUGGAAAGAUCGCAUCGGAAAUGAGAACCGAUAACCGUAGAAGAGUUCUGGAGUGGAGACCGCGUCUAGGCAAACGUAGUAAGAUGAUAAACAGCCCAGUAGCCGAGCCAGUGAAAUCUUGCGCUGCCGGCGCUAGUGAAGAAGUUCGCGCUAAAAACCGAAGUCACGACUGCCUGCCCUACGACCGGAACCGGGUCAUUCUCACCCCUCUACCCGGGCGAGACUUCUCUACCUACAUCAACGCGUCCUUCAUCGAGGCGUACGAUAAUACCGAAGGGUUCAUCAUUACACAAGAUCCUUUGCCUAACACGAUAGCGGACUUCUGGCGAAUGGUGUCCGAACACAACGUCUCCACUAUAGUGAUGCUCAGCGAGAUCGGCGAAGGCAAAUGUCCACGGUACUGGGACGACGGUACGACGCAACACGAACACAUCAACGUCCAAUAUGAGGAGAGCGACUCGUGUCCCUACUAUACCCGCCGGCAAUUCCGCAUCACUAAUAACAAGAAUGGCGAUACAGUAUCCGUGCGACAGCUCCAAUACCAGGGCUGGCCCACCGCCCCGGGGCACGUGCCCGAAGUGACCCGCGGGCUCGCUGAACUAGCGGACGCGGCCCGCACCCACAACGCACCGCCCAUGCUGCUUCGCACCGAGCGACGCGUGGACGUGAACAGUGUGGCGAGGAAGGUGCGAUCUCAACGGGCACGCACCAUAGACACGUUUCCUGAAUACGAGUACCAAUGGAAUUCGGGUAAACGACAUAGUGUAAAUGAACGGAGUCGAGUACGUCCGUAUUCGGGUAGUUUUCGCUUUAGAUACCCGAUACCGUCUUCCAGCCCGUAUUCCAGUGUAAAUAUUGCUUCUGGUUCCCGAAUUCAAUUACAAUACGAAUUCCUACAUCGGGCCAUACUCAACUAUGCUGAGCUCCACAAUUUACUCGAGGACAGUUAAACUGGACACGAAGGAAACUUAACUAUCACACAAAGAAGAAGUAUCUAGGUACCUUCAAAUGACCUUGCGACAGGAGGUGAUUGGCUGAUCUUAACCUGGCAACUUGAUGGUCAGUGUUCCUGCACAAUUAAUUGUUCAGCCAACGUAUUCGAGGAUACAAUUUUAUAAAAUGAAUAUAUUUUUAAAAUCAUCUCCACUAAGUUUCCAGGGCUUUACAAACCCAAAUGACGAUUGUGUUCGUUGACAAAGUCCCAAUUUAUCGGUACAUGUUAUUUAUGUUCACAAAUCGAAUGUGAAAUUAUCUUGUGUAUCAGAGUGAGUCUUAUGUAUUAAGCAGAAUUGUAUGUUCAAUAUUUAUUUGGAACAUUCAUCGGAAACAAUGAUAUUAUUCUUGAUAGGAGAAAAGUAUUUUUCAACAUCAGUAAAAAAAACUUUGAAAUUCAUAAUAGUGUUUGUUAAAAGUUUAUUGGAAAUAGUAUUAAGUUUCAUCGGCUAUAUAAGAAGAAUUAAAAUAGUUAUGUCUGUCUAUAAAUUAUAUCAAUAGCAGUCGUAGUGUUAAGAAAAAAUGAUCACAUACAGUGUAGUAAAUCCGUGUUUACUAGUGUAUUUGUAAAUUGGUGAGUUUCAAAGGAAAUUGAAUGUCUACCAGUGGUCGAGAUUAAUCCUUAAAGCGUAAAUUCGCUUGACAACUUCGCUUGUACUCACCGCUCAAGUUAAUGGAUUUUAUUUGAGUCACAAUCAGUGUGAUGUUGAUAUUUUAGCAUCUACUGUAUGAAUUUGAAUAUUAAUAAUGAAUACCUUUCUAGUACCUUAAAAAGCCGCAAAAUAAAUGGAGGGUGUAGAAAACCUGAAAUGCUCAAAAUGAGUGAGUGUUAGAGAAUUAAGCAAAAAUGAACUGUAUAGAUAACAGCAAACUUUUUGAAAAAUACCACAAACAAAUAAAUUGCGCAAUGGAAGUUUUUAUAUGUAAGAUUGCUACUGCGCAGGCUUCCUUGGUCGACCUCAAGAAAUUUGUGGGGGUUUAUACAAGGUUGAAUAUUUUGUAAACUAAAAAUGCUUUGAAGAAAAUGUUUGAAUGAUUCUAUCAUAUUUUUUAUAACAAACACUGGUAUGUGAUCAACCGAAUAAAUUUCGUGAAUAUCAACAUUUUCAUAUUAAUAUAUUGAUAGUCAGCCAGCAUACAAGUUGUAUUACGCAUUUUUUCUUGUAGAACGUCUUGAAAUAACAAGUGAUUACUGCGUUAGUAUGGGCUUUACAUGCACGUUAGUAUAAACAUAGAUUACGUAACGAAAAUGAAGAAUAAAAUCUUCUUUCACACCAACUUGGAUAAAUAUUAGGUGCUUUAUUAUAUUUCCAAUAUUAUGCCUUUCUCGCGAUUUUACUUUUUUUUUUUAUUUCCUUUGUCUUGUUAAUUAUUAUCUUAUUUCUAUAAGUGUACAAAGUUGGUGCGUCUCAAUCUUAUUUUUUUAAUGUUUAGUGUCUAGAUAGGUUAAUGAGUCCAUACUGCUUUUGUGUAUAUUGCCUCGUAUGGCUACAUUAUAUAUGCCAUUUGUAUGUAGUUAAAAAAAACAUUUUACGCCUAACAUGAGUCUCUUGACGGAUUCACAAGUCUGCGGAGAGCGAGGGUAACAUUAUUUAGUUUUUUAUAAUCGAUAUCCUUCAAGAGAUUCACGAGUUACCCUUAGAAUAGAUCUGUCUUCUUAAUCUGUAAUCAAUAAACGUUUAUAAUUUAGCUUUUUGGUAUGAAAUAUGCCAAAACUUAAUCGUGUCCAAAGAGAGGGUUAGAUGAUAGAAGAUAAUAUCAUGAGGCGAAAUGAGGUUAAGUAAAAAAUAUAUUUAAAAUAUUCUACAUAAUUUAUUUUGAUAACGAAAGAGGCCAUAUGAUUAUGCAUUUGUAACCUAACUUAGGUUAUUUUAUAUCGAGUCAUUAAAUAAGACUUAUGUUUCGGUAUUAACUGUAAGGGGGUUUUUCUAAAAGACCUUGAUUUUAAAAUAUUAAGGCCAAAUAACAAUAUGAAAAUUUACCCUAAUUAUUAGCACAAUUUAUAAAUGAAGGUGCGUGCAUGCUGCGUAAAAAAAUCAAAUUCUGCACUAUGUAAAUAAGCCAUUUUUAUAUGAAGUCGAUAAAACUAUUGGAGCCCAAUACCGAUAUUUGUUCAAAAGUAAAUCCCUACCUAUUGGUGUCUUUGUUUAAAAAGCAAUAAAGGGAACUUAUGUUCCCACUGAAGUUAACUGCCAUUGAAAAUAUCAUAGUUUUUAAAUAAAAUGUAUCAUAAUUAAUACUAUAAUAAUAUUAUUUCUUUGUUUUGGUUGAAUCUCAUGAAGUAUUGGUCCAAUUUGAAAAAAAAUAUAUAUUUGUGUUAGAUAGUCCAAUUAUCAAGGAUGUAAUGUCACUUUUACCGGCAGUUUACUAGCGUGUGACGUCAUUAUAGUCUUCGCCAAUCCCAGGCGUUUUCGGUCACGUGACCAUAGAACAAAAAAUGCAUUUCUUUGUAAUGUUUUUUAGAAAAGUUAUUAUUUAUUUGUUCUCUCAGAAUAGUAGAAUCGCUGUUAAUAUUUAUAUUAAAUACAGAUGCCAAUAAAUUUAUACUUUAUUUUUCGUACUGUCAAAUAGCUUAUUGAUACAUAGAUUGUGCCUAGUGUUAAAGUAGUUAUGUUUCAGGUACCAGUGUUACUGCGAACUAAAAUUGACGCGAAAUUAACGAAGUGGAAGUUAAUGUACUAUUUUAAAGAAAAUGUUAGAAUAAAUAUUAUUCAUUACCUUAUGCACAAUACCAAGAAAAUAAAUUUGCUGAAAAAUUGGUUUUGUAAGUUGUAAUGAAUCGCUUUCGUUAACUACUGUAUUUCUCCACCUUUUUGACUGAUUUUCAUUUUGACAUUUAUCGGGAUUGCGCUUCUAAAUUUAGAGUCUCAGUGUGCACCUGCCCUUAUGGCAACAGUUUUUGAUGGAUUUACUAUUAUUAUUAUUGGUUUUUUCGUAAUUUAAUGUAAUGCAAGACUUGUUGUCUUGCCUAUAUAUGACUGUCUAACGUAUGAUAAAGUUAGAUUGUAAGCUAUGUAACUAGAUUUUGUAUGGGCUAAAAAAAUAUACACUUUGUUGAUGUUGAAUGUAUGCGGAUGAUGGUGUGACAAAUAAUAUUGGUGUUGCUAUGUUCGUUUUGAUUUUUCAUCAUAGUAAAUAUUAACAGUUAAAUCGGCUCAAUUAUCAAAGCUAGCAUUAGUUUGGAGGAAAAUUUGUAUAUGGCGUCGCAAUGGUUAAUUACAUGCCGGCAUUUCAUUUGUCUUUUCGUAUUUCAUCACACACAUCACAUCACCAGCCUAUUAAUAUCCCCACUGCUGGGGCACAGGCCUUCCCUAUGGAUGGAAUAGGGAGAUUGGGCCAUGACCCACCACUCGGGCCCAGUGCGGAUUGGUGGGUUGCUGACAACUGCAAAUGCAGCCGGGACCAACGGCUUAACGUGCCUUCCGAAGUACGGAGGAACUCGAGUUAGUAAAUUUUUGGUCACCCAUCCAAUGACCGUUGCGUUCUAGAAAAGUCUCAUUAAAUUGAGAGUUAACUAGCACUUGCGAGUGCGUAGUACCUACUUAUUACGUACAUAAUGCGCAUAAAUUGUAAACAAGUGCAGAUGUCCUGGCACUUUCUCCCUUACGCCGCACUGCUUAAGGCUCAUUAGAAUAAGCGAACCGCGGUGUUCUGGUAAAAUCUGUCUGCAUUACUUUCGCAGUUUUGUUUCGAAAGAGUUUAUAACAAAAUUUUACACAUUACGUGUAAGGUACCUGGUUUUAUAAAAAAGUAAUUUAUAUUUUUUGUUAUUAUUGUCAUUCAUUCAAAACGAACAUCACAUUAAAAGCACCACUGAUAAUUUAUUUGUGGUUGGUUUGGUGCCGCGAUUGCGGCGUGGUUUAUGUACAGACUUGCACGUUUUAAUCCCGAACAUUUCUUGUGGACAGCAGGUAAACUUAGGAGGGUAGGAAUAUUUGGUCAAUCAAAAUAUUUAUUCUCAAAAAUUUGGUGAAAGGCCUCAACUUUUUUAAGGUAGAUAAUGUUAAGAAUCCCUAUUCACAAGAUAUAAUGCCAAAGAAGUAUCAUAUCGUUUCCAAUUACUCAAAGAUUAUGGAAAGACAAUUAAUGAAAAAAAGAAAUUUGCUUUUUACAGUACAAUUUAGUCAUAAAGUACAUUAAUCAAAAAUGCAUCAUACUUAAUAGCGAAUCAGUAUGUGAUUCAAUUACUUUGUAAUUUAUUUUGUUCUAUUGAAGUAAUAGAAAUACGCACAAAUAAUCUUUUCAAUGAUUUUUUUUUUUUUUCAAAUAAAACGACUCGGUCUAGGCAGGAAUCGAACCUGUGUCUUCCUCUGACCGGGCGGUUGCUCUAACCGGUACUUUACCGAGACCUUACUGAUAGUGACGAAUUUAUUCUAGUAUAUCUUACUGCAUGGCAGCGAAAUUUCUUCUUAUUGAAUAUAAACCAUAAUGUCUUUUCAAUGUGUUCAACUUAGCGAAACAUGUUUUCCCACCUGGAGAUGCGUGCAAGUCGAAAACGGAGCGACUGAUCAUUGUGUUUUUAUUUAGCUUUUUGUAACUAUAUAAAAAUGUAGGAAUGUUAUGACUUUUUUUUAAAGACUAGACUAAGAUUAGAUAUUAAAACGAAAAUGGUCAUUGUGCAAAACGAGACGAUGGGAUAACAGUAUUAUUUAGAAAUGUUGCCGCAACAAAAUAUUGAAAAGAAACUAUUAUGUUCCUUUUAGGUUUUAUAAAGUAUCUACGCACAACUUUCAGGCAUAUAAUGGUUGUAUUUACGAAAGAAUCAAAAGAUAAUUGCAUUUUUUUUUUAAUAAUAACUAUUAUGUUUAUUUAUGUAAACAAAAAAUAUUGUUAAAUUUAAAGAAAAUUCUGUGAACGUAAUCCUCGUUUCGGUUUGUACAAUUAUUUGGCACAUCCAAGUUUGUACUGGGAAUCUUUUCAAACGUUAUUUAAAUACUAUUUAACUCGGAGUAUAAUAUUAUUGUAUUUUUUCUACUAUUGUUUUCUGUGUUCACUAUUGUGUUCUAUGUAUUCGUAAAAUUGCUGUUCUUUCCUAAUCCAAAAACAAGAAUUGAAGUUGUAUCUCUUACUUUAGUAAGUAUGAGCACUAAGAAAUUUAUUAAACAAAAUAGCCUCUUGCAGUUCGGCCUACAAAUCUUCUAUGGGCUUUUCAAGAAGACCAAAGUCAGUGGUACUGUAAAAAAAAGUACAUUUUUCAUUCAUAUUCUAAACAUUGUAUACGCAAAGAGAAGUACGUGUUAACAAGUCAUUUAAAUUGCACUUUUACGACUAAAUGGAACAAAUAGGCAACAUUCUGUAUGGGCUCCAUAAUGAACAUUCCUCAGUAUAGGCGUAGAUGUGAAAUAUUAUAGGGAAACAAGCUCAGCUAUCACAUCGGCUAGAUUUCAGGAUGAUUGAAGAGUUUUAGGUUCUAUUCGAUAAUAGUAAUAAGGUUUACAUUCGUAUCGCAGCGGCUGACCAUAUCAUAACCGAGCACUGUAAAGCAGAAAGCGAUCAGCGAGCUGUUUUGAAGCUAGCCAAAAAUGAGUUCUGUGGACCUAUGUUCAAGUAUGAUUUUGAGAGCGGGAAGCGACCAUUGGUCAUGGACCAUUUGGAAUCAAACAGAAUCGAACUUUGAAAUGGAUUUGCAGAAUUUUCGCUUUCUUCCAUUGUUAAAGUAUGAUUGUGAAAGCGGUAAGUGACUAUAGGUCAGUUUAUGAAUUAAACUUGUGACAUGGGUUUGCAGAACAAAUUUUCGAUUGCUUCCAAAAUGCCCGCUGGCUGCUUUCUGCUUAACAGCGCUCUAUGUUAGUAGCAAUCACUAUGCACAAAUACAAUAGAUAUAUAGAGAAACACAUAGCACGUAAUGCAAAUAAGAAAAUGAAUUUUCGCUGUAAAUUAUGGCCUCCCUUGAUAACACUCAAAAGUACGUUUUCUAUCAAAGUCCCUUUUGAUUGACAGAUGCAGAGACGUCAAUUUAAUAUUCAAUCACAGCGUUAUCUUUAAUUAAACUUAACAUUGACAUCCCUUCGUUUGGCCUUUUAACACUGGCAUCAGAGUGAAAGCAUGUGCUCCCUUCCAAAAUGUUUAUGAUAAGAUAACACUAUUAUGUUUAGUGUAGGUAACAUAAUAUACUAGGCCUAAAUAUACCACAACAACCAAACCGCCUUAACUGAAAUUAAAAUCGCCGUCUCUGCGUUUUAAAUACCGAUUAGUGUUAAAGUACAACUUUUCUCACAGCUACUUAGAGGAUCAGCACCCUCAUUUUAUCAGUGUUGUAUUGUGUUUUCCAAUAUUUAUAUCUUAAAUAUCCGUAAAUUUCUUCUUGAAAUCUAGCAGAUGUCUCUCCAAAAUGCUUAUUAUUAUUUAUAGUAGAGUACGCUUUUUGUAAUCAUACAUUUUUUUUACAUGAAAUAGUACGCUAAUAUUAUUGAUAAUGUGUAAUUAUUUAAAUCUGUUCCUCUGUUAAUUUCGCGUAACAUGUGUAUUUACAAAAUCAAAAUGGCCAACCAGAUUGUACUUUUUAGAAAAAAAUGUGCAAAUUAAAUAUUUCGUACUAUCACUUUAUUCAAAGAAAAUUAUAUUGAUUUGUUUUCAGAAUAGAAUUUUAAAAAUAUAUACACAUUAUGAUAUUACCAUAAUAGUAAUUGAAAUAAAUCUUAUUAAUUUAAAAAGCGAAUUACUACAUUUGCACUUGUUACAAUUAAAUAAAAGUUUCCGAAACAGAAGUUUUAAAAUUACAGCUUUCUUUUUAUACAAUGAUUGUGAUUUUUUUACGAUUUUUGUAUUUGUUUUGUAAAUAUUAUUCUUAAGUACAUCAGCAGUUCGCAGGCCUCCAAUCUAUGAUAUGUAUAUUUUAUUUGUCUAUAAUGUAAGCUUUGACAGUUGUGAAACUGAGAAUUUUAAUUUUAUUAUGUUUUUUUGAAACUGUAAAUAGAUAAUGCAGGUCGUGUAAUACAAUAUUUUUGAAAAUAUACCAUUAUUUAGAAAAUAGA